UUAAAAUUUUUCAGUCAGUAUGGCCAUGGUGUGAUAUUCUCUUAAAUGGAGGAUCCAGAAUAUCAAUCAUUUAACAGAAUAUUUAACAUUGGAGACACAUGUUUUCAUUGUUGCAUCCACUUCAAUGAUACGCUUGACACUUCGUCAUCGUCAGAUAUCGACAGGAUAACAGAAGCUUUCCUUAAAGAAUUUUUUACAUGCAGAGUUUUGAAUGAGUACAAGGUAUUCAUUAAUGAUAUACUAUUGAAUGUGACUAUACUUCUGAAGAAUAAUUAUAAGAGAAUGCCUCAGCAUUGCCCAUGGGAUUAUCUACUAUUUGUCAGCAGAUCUGAAAGCAGCAGUUCUGCGACAGUACAAACUGACUGUCAGAUGCCUUUCAGUGAAACAGUUAAUUGUGACAGUUUGCUGGCUUUAAAACAUUCUAAUCAUAAUGCUGGUACCCCUGAAGUGUACUUAUCGGACAUCACAAACAACCCCCUUACUGUAAUUGAGGAUAUAAGUGACAACACAGAUGAAUGUGUGAUUCCAGGUAACAGAGAUAAUUCAGUUGAUGUCAAUUCUUGUGUAGGGUUAGCAAAAAGCACUGAGACUACUACUAUCAAAAACAAUGAUAAACAUUCCAUUCAGCUCCAGAUCAAAGAAGUGUUUAACCAAAAUCAUCAAAAUGAAUCCAAGGAAGAUUCUUUGAAUAGUGAAAUUCUACCAACCAAUGCUGAGAAUCCUGCUCUACCCAAUAGUAAUGCAAUCACGUUGAAUGCAGAAAAUGCUUCUUCAGUCAGUGAAAGUAAUGUUGCAAUGAAUGCUGAAAGUUCUGCCUUAGUGAAUAAAACUAUUAUAACUAAAAAAACAGAAAAUUAUGCAGUUACAGAAACAAUUUUCCCUGUGAAAACAGACAACUAUGUUAUACCAAGACAAGAUGAUCAUGAGCAGCCAGCAAAAGCACCAAAGUUAAUAAAGUUGUCAGCCUUAUUAGCAAGCAGUCAUCACAAUUCUUUUGAUUCUGAUUAUGAGUUUUUAAAGGAAGCUGAUAAUUGGCUGAGCAACAAUGAAAUAAAUUUGGUUACUGAAAAUUCUCAGGAAGUCUCGGAUACUGCACCAAUUCAACAGGAAAGUGUUGAGGUCGAAAGUGAUGUGGUUGAAAGUGUUGAGGUUGAAAGUGCUGUGGUUGAUACUGCUGAGGUUGAAAGUGUUGAGGUUGAAAGUGCUGUGGUUGAUACUGCUGAGGUUGAAAGUGCUGUGGUUGAUACUGCUGUGGUUGAUACUGCUGAGGCUGAAAGUGCUGUGGUUGACACUGCUGAGGUUGAAAGUGCUGUGGUAGAUACUGCUGAGGUUGAAAGUGCUGAGGUUGAAGGUGCUGUGGUUGAUACUGCUGAGGUUGAAAGUGCUGUGGUAGAUACUGCUGAGGUUAAGAAUGCUGUGAUUGAAUUUUCUGUACUAGUUGAAAGUACGGUGAUCGAAAGUACUGAAGUUCAAAAAGAAGUGAUUAAAAGUGAAGUGUUUCAGCGUGAAUUGGUUGAAAGUGCUGAAAUUCGAAGACAAAGUGCAAGACUAAGUGACAUGGCCGAGAGGAUGAAUUCGUCAAGCGAUGAUGGGCACUCUACACAAAGUUCAAAACGCUCCUUAGAAAAUGACUGUCAAUUACACCGAAAAAAAAAGUACAGAAAAGCAAAACGUGCAUGGAACAGAAAAAGUUUGAGGGCAGUUAAGACUACGCAAGACAAUUGAUUUCUGAUUAACCUUUUUUAUGUGCCAUGUUUUAUUUUAAAUUCUAUUCGAUUUCAACGUUUUAAUCUUUCUGCAGUAAGUGAAACUUGUAACACAGAA